AUGCACUUGAAUAUUCUAGGCUCUAGAAAACCUAGUUAGGUAAGUAGUCCAACCUCAUUAAAGAAGCCUGUGAUAUCUUAACUUCUCAUUAAUUUCAGGCAGCCUAUCAAUGUUCCUAAUAGUUCAUAGGUAUCACCACAGAAUUCUGAGCAAAAUCUUCAAAAAGCAUUACAUUCUCAUAAAGGAUCUUAGAUUGAUGUUGCAAAUUUAACAAAAUUGAUUAGAUAAAGCAAAUCACCAAAUUUAGAAAUGAAUGAUGCAUAAAAUAAUUAGAAUCAAAGUUCAUAAUAAUUAUAGGCAUUAUUUGCAAAAGCAAGAGAAAUUACUUAAAGUAAAUCAAAACCACCAAUAAUUAAGUAAUAAGUCCAAUCAAUUUAAACACAAUCUAUUAAUUAAUUAAAAGAACUAUUUAAUGAUAAUUUGUAUUGUAGAAACACAUUUCAUUUUCAUUUUGUGGUUGGUAUAGGAGGAUUUGGUAAAGUAUGGAAAGUUGAGCAUAAGAAAACUGGACAAGUAUAUGCAAUGAAAGAAAUGUCAAAAGCAUUGUAAGAAUAUUAGUAAUAGUAGAAUUAUAACAAAAAAGAGUGUUAAUUCAGUUAUGAAUGAAAGAAUACUUUUGAGUGAAUUAAAACAUCCUUUCUUAGUUAAUAUGAAUUACGCUUAUUAAGAUAGAGAAACACUUUAUUUAAUUAUGGAUUAUAUGUCUGGAGGUGACUUAAGAUAUCAUAUAGGAAGAAUGAGAAGGUUUAAUGAAGAGUAGACUAGUAAAUUCAAAACUAUUAUAUUGAGGGUUCUUUGUGGCUUGUAUAUUCUUGAGUCUCGAAUAUGUGCAUGAAAAUAAAAUAAUUCAUAGAGAUAUUAAACCAGAAAAUUUAGUAUUAGACAAUAAAGGAUAUGUUCAUUUGACUGAUUUUGGUAUUGCAAGAAUUAUGAAACCCGAGAAUUCUAGUGAUACAAGUGGUACACCAGGAUAUAUGGGUAUAUAUUAUAAUAAAUAUUUAGCUCCGGAAGUGAUGUACAGAUAAAAUCAUACAUAUGCUGUUGAUUUUUAUGCUUUAGGAGUCAUUGCUUAUGAAUUUAUGUUAGGAAGAGUACUUAUUCAUAUAAAUUUUAGAGACCAUAUGUUGGAAGAUCUAGAUAGGAAAUUAGAGAUCAAAUUAUGGCUAAAUAGGUUUAAAUAAAGAAAUCUGAAUUACCAGAAAAUUGGUCAUUAGAAGGUGCUGAUUUUAUAAAUAGAGUAAAAGAUAAUUUAAUUUAAAUAGCUACUUUAAAGAAAACCUCAAUAAAGAUUAGGUUUUAAUGGUAGUUAAGAAAUAAAAUAACAUCCAUGGUUUUAAAACUUUCCUUGGUAAAAAUUAUAAAAUUUCGAAUUAAUUCCUCCCUUCCAACCAAAUGUAUUCUUUUUAUAAUAUAUAUUAAUUAGAGAACUGAAGAUAAUUUUGAUUAAAAAUAAAUAUUAAUUGAAGAUGAAGAGAAUAAUGAAUUGAUUUAAUAGAAUCUUUUAGUUUUAAAAGAUCCUGCUUCUUUAGGUAUUAAUAAUUAAAUCAUUAAGAAUUAUUUUAGGGUUAUGAAUUUAAUGCUAAUCAGAGUAUUAAUAAAAAUUCAUCAACAACUGAUUAAUCAUCAAGUUCAUCAUCUAAGCAUAGUAGAAAUUUCAGUUAAAAUAUUGAAAAAUAAUAAUUCUUUGAAUAUGCUCAUAAAUGA